AACAUCAUUUGUAGAGAGCUCUGGACAAUGGCACACUCGCCCGUGGGAAAGGUAUUUAGGAUGGAGUUCCUUGAAUUAUACGGGCAGAAUUCUGCCUGUGAAAGAGCCGGAAUAUAGUGAUAGGAAUAAGAGAGAAACAGCAUACGAUAUUCUUGUGGAAAAACUUGAGUGAGGGAUGCCAGCACUAGGCCUAGCGGGAUUCAGUGAAGAAGAAAAUCACCUCUGUGAGAACAGGUUUUAGACAGAGCAUGGAAAGGUUUCGAUGGCAAUGAAAUCUGACUCAUUGAAGUAAACCUUCUCUCUUUAUGGGAAUACGAUCUACUCAAGUUCAUCAAGGAUCAAGAAAUGGCUCGACCCCACGUGACUACUACGUAUUAAUGAGGGCGCCCAAAUCAUCGUGUUUCCAGAAAAUGGCUUAACCAGCCUGAACCUCGAGAUGACCUGGGGCAGUUUUCUGGAUCAAACACAGGUCGUUCCGAACCCAGAGGACAAAGAGGUGCCCUGUGAAUACGGCGACGUCAAUAAUUCGAGCAAAAUCAUGAAAGAACUCAGUUGUGCAGCGAUGGAAAAUGGCAUAUACCUCGUGGUGGACCUUGCAGAGCAGUCGAACUGCUCUGAAAUUGCCUUAGGUGAUGAAGACCUUCCAUUGAGCCAGAACGGCGAUGCAUCCGCGUGACCCCUCUGGCUGCAAAUUCUACAACACCCAGGUGGUUUUCGACGAUGCCGGAGCUGUUGUGGCCAGGUACCAAAAGAAGCACCUCUUCUCGGAGCACUUCUUCACCCCAGGAACAGAUCCCGACACAACUGCUAUCUUCGAGACCUCGUUUGGUGUAACAUUUACCCUAUUGAUUUGUUUUGAUAUACUCUACGAAACUCCAGCUGUUAUCAACAUUUACAAUCAUGGAGUGCGAGAUGUCAUUCUGAGUACAGCUUGGUUUGAUGAACUCCCAUCUCUUACAGCUCCCCAGAUCUGGAAGGGUUUCAGUCAAGGAAACAAUGUAAAUCUUAUUGCGGCCAACAUAUACUACCCUCCAGGUGGGUUUUUGGGUACAGGAAUCUUCAGAACUGUCUAUUCUGAACCUGAUUAUUAUACCUACGAUACUUCCUCAGGCAACAAGCUCAUUGUGGGAAAAGUGAAAACGAAGUCAGUUGUACCAUCUGCAAAAAUCCAUCAAUCAGCUAACUCUGAAGUUUUCACUUAUAAAGAUUUUGACGGUUUGCCUUUGUUGGGCCCAUCACAGGUGGAAGAGAGGCAAACAAAUACAAUGGAGGUCAUAGUGAAUGGAAAAAAUAAACAUAAGCAAGAUGGAAAACAGAACAUGGAACAUAAAUAUUUGCAUGAGGACCUCAGGCGUUACAAUCACGUUAUCUUAGAGAGAACCUCACCAGGUGUCUUUGGUGGCCAGGAGCUUUGCCAUGAGGACGGCCUGUGCUGUAAUCUGAGUUACGAAUACCCUGCUGAACAACCUGAAGAUAUUGUUUACAUGCUCAUCGCCUACAGUGGUUUAGUGGAAAAAGGCGAAGGCCUCUAUCACCUGUACGUGCAGGUCUGCGGGGUAGUACUUUGCCUCAAUGAAACCAUUGACAGUUGUGGCCACUUUGAGGACGCAUAUAUUCCUGACUCAGCGUUCAGAGCAUAUUCACUUUCUGGAACAUACAGUGACCGUUAUAUCUAUCCCUCCGUUUUUACUGACACCUUGCAGCUUUUCAGUGCUGAAAAAUGGAACUAUACACUCAGUGAAUCGCCAGACCAUUUCCAUGCGAUCAUACAUCUUCACGAGGAAGUGAAUGACCUCUCCAUGUUGAGUUUGUAUGCCAGAUGGUUCUCCAGGGAUCCAAACCACUGAAAUUUCAUGAACUGCCUAAUAAGAUGAAAAUUGCUUUUAGUUAGGAUUGUGAGU